AUGGAAGAAUACUAUCAUGGAAGCAGAGGGUCUUCUUCGACGAGCGAUAAUGACCCCAAAGCGAAAAUUAAAGAUUGCUGUCGAAAAAUUAUAGCGUUCAUGUGUACACAAGUGGGGUUAGGUGCUUUAGUGUUUAGUUAUACUCUAGUUGGUGCUAUAAGUUUUAUGAGUCUUGAACAAAAAGGGAAUAACACGGAGCCGAAUGAAAUAAAUAAAACAAGACAGGAAUAUCUAAUAAAAUUAUACAAUGUAGCGUUGAAACAUAACAUAUUUGAUGUAAACAAUUUUUCUGAAGAUACCAAUAAAGUUCUCAAGAAUUAUCAAGAAAAAGUGGUAGAAAUUUUCAAAUAUGGUUACAGUGAAAGAUCAACUAAUGAUAUGUGGACUUUUUCUGCCGCCUUGAUGUUUUCCUUGGGUGUUAUAACUAUGAUAGGUUAUGGAAAUUUAGUACCGAAGACACCUUAUGGAAAAUUAGUUACUGUUAUUUACGCUUUAUUUGGUAUCCCUCUGUAUAUUCUUUUCUUUUUGAACGUUGGAGAUGCUUUAGCAGGAGGAUUUAGAUGGAUAUACAGAAAGUUAUACCGAUGUUCGACGCUUCCAGAAGAAGAAACUGACAUCCCUAAAAGGAUAAUAGUACCUUCUAGUGCUUGUAUUUGGGUGAUGGUGACAUACGUUCUCGCGGGUGCGGCGGUAUUUAGUGCUUGGGAAGGCUGGGGUUUUCUAGACAGCGUCUAUUUUUCGGUAACCAGUUUAUGUAAAAUAGGAAUGGGCGAUUUUGUACCGGGCGCGCAUUUCGCCAAUACCACCAAAGAACAAACCGAAGGUCAUUCGAAAUUAGUCCUAAGUUACGUGUAUAUAUUUUUCGGAUUGGGAUUAGUGGCCAUGUGCUACAAUUUAAUGAGGGAGGAAAUUCGGGAAAAAGUGAAAAAUAUCAGAGAAGACUUCGCGCAAUGUUUGGAAGAUACCAGACUGAGGAUAGUAGAGUGUUGUAAAAAAAUUCGAGGGACUCGUGAAGAAUAUUAUUACUAAUUUUAUGUUAUCGAUAAAUUUAACUUUACUUACAGUGUAGUGGGAUUAUUUUUAAUUGGAAAACCAUACGUUACGUAGUUUAUUGAAGUUUUAACCUCGAUUAAUAAUUAUAAAUAGGAAUUUGGCACGAGUUAUGUAAAUACUACGAGGAUGGUCCCAAAAGUACCUAGCCCAACAAAGAAAACACAAAAA